AUGUUAUUAAUGAUAACGACGAGUACAUUUGAAACCAUUUUAAGAAACAAGUACCUGUUUUCACAAGUAAAGUAUUGGAUUAGAAGAUUAGAAGAAGAAGAUCAUGAUAAAAGAACAGACUUGCCAAGAAUCUAUCACUACGAUCAUUGGAGUAGAGUAAGCGAUAUGCUAAGAAAUGGUCAUGUUGGUUUGCUGAUGGACAAGCUCAAAAGAAACAUCAAUGUUUCAUUUUCAAAUGAUACUGUAGAACUGAUAUGUUUAAAAGUUAAAGACUUGGUCAACUUUAAGAUAUUAUCAUUCAUUGGAGAGAAUCUGGUUGGUUGUGCGUGUCGUGCUGGCAACCCAGAGAUUGUAAAGAUACUAUUGGAACAAGAGUAUCCUACGCCACUCCCAACUGGUGCAUGCUUCCAACAAGCCAUGUCAAAAGGGAGAUACGAGGUACUGACAUUGCUGUUGGCAAGAGGAUUAAAGUAUAAUAAACGAUAUGAUACUUCUCGAUUUGGUACUUUUAAAUUCAUCGAAUCAUUGGAUUGGUUAAGUAAAGGAGAUAAAGAUAAAGAUAAAUCAAGCAUGUCCAUGGUUGGACACCGAUUAAGAAAAGAAGUAACCGAAAAGAUAGCGUUGGUCCAAAAGUUUAAAGAAGCAUUCCCACAUGUCGAUGUUGGCUCGGAACAAUCAAGAACGUCAUCACUUGACUUGUAUAACCAACACUGCACCAACUCUGAUAUUAGGCGAGACAUACAACAAAGAGCCAUGGUUCAUGGAACACUAGAUUUUCUCAAACUCAUUCACAAGAAACAUCCCGAGUGGGUAUGGAAGGAUCAAUAUGCCUAUUCAAGUGCUAUGGAUAGUGGGAGAACUGAUAUUCUAGACUAUGUCAUUGAUUUAAUUGUUUCAGAUGGUCCACAUACCUUUGAAGAAACAUUUGAAUCAGUUGCACCAAGUGCAACGACAUAUGGAUGCUAA